UUACCUUAAACGGCCAUUUUAUUCAUUGCUCGGACCAUAUUAAGUAUUUAGGAAUUUUCAUUGAUGACAAAUUAAAUUGGAAAAAACAUAUAAAACACGUGGCAGAAAAAGGCAAGGAAAUUUCGCAUAAAAUUGCGGCUGCUGCGAGAUUAACGUGGGUUUUCAGGGGCGUGGCUUUAUCAAAAGUUUAUGAAGGGGCGGUUCAAUCGGCGAUGCUUUACGGCGCGCCGAUAUGGACAAAGGGGUGUAAAGUCAAAGAGGGCAGGUCUCUGUUGAGCGCGCAACGUAUCCUAGCGGUUAAAGCGGCGGCGGCUUAUCGUACCGUUUCAACUGAUGCUGCUCUCGUGUUGGGUAGAAUUCUGCCGUUUGAUUUGUUGUUGCAGGAGACGGCGAAAAGGUACCGCCAUCUCGCUGGCCGACCACGUGACAACGAAAUCAAUGACGUACAACUUGGAAACCGGCAAAUCGAACGACGGUUCAUCAUGGAGGAUACGACUCAUCCGGCGGACCUGGACAAUUUCCGAUUCCACAAUGGGGUUCGGGACGCCUUUGAGACCGUGUACUAUACCGACGGUUCGAGACAGGAAGACGGGCGCGCUGGCGGCGCGUUCGUACUCUACCACGGCGAGACGGAGCUGCAUCGAGAGAAAUUUACACUCGCGGACAAUAGUUCUAUUUUCCAGUGCGAAUUAGUCGCACUUCGGCAAGCACUAACACAUCUACAGGGGCAAAUCGGGAUCAUCACGGAGUGUUCCAUCGUAACGGACAGCCUGUCUGUUUUGUUCGCCCUUCGCAAUAUGAAGCAACCAACCGCACUACAACACGAGACGUGGGAACUUGCAGUCAGCCUGGCGACACAAGUUAACCUGCGUUUCCACUGGACACCAUCUCAUUCGGGGAAUUAUAAGAAUGACGUUGCGGAUGAACUUGCCAAGGACGCGGCCACUGAUCAACAGACGCCGCCGAUUUACGAUCUGGCUCCCAGAGCCCUCGUGAAAAGGCGGCUACGUAAUAACACAAUGAAGGCAUGGAAAGAACGAUGGAGGACGGCUACGACCGGUAGAAUAACUGCGUGUUUCCUACCGGAACCAAAUUACGAUCUUAAAAUAACGGGAAACAUAGACUUUCACAUGGUACAAUUGAUGACAGGACAUGGAAAUUUUCGAUCAUAUUUAAAGCGCAUCGGUAAGAUUGACGACGACGCAUGCGAAUGCGGCACCGGCAGCGAUACCGCGGAACAUGUUCUGUUCAACUGUAACAUCGAGGAACAACAUCGGGAGACGGCCGAUCGGGAUCUCACCCUUCGAGGACUUCGAUGGCCUACCUGCUACAGGGACGUCAGCGACCUGCGGAACGAGAAGGACUGGUGGGACGCUUUUCGAACAUUUUCGGGUCGCGUUCAAAGACUUGAAGCAAAUAAUUAAAUUUGCCCUUGUGUUGUGCGCGUUCGCGGUCGGUUUUAAUUUCGGUCUUUUAGGGACUGUUGCCCUGUGGUCUAAACGAUGUGGCGACUGAAGCCUGCGCCGUCCACAACAUUUGCCUGAACCACUAGACCAUACCUAGAAGGCGAUCAAUAGGAUGGCGGAUAUGGAACGGCACCACGUCGGUUGUGCUGAUGCCGGGAAGGGAGGAUUCGAUGCUUUUUUCGACGGUAUGACCCGAGCCUCCAACAACAUGACCACAGGUGUACACAGUAAUCGCUCGAAACGAUCGUUUUUUGUUCGCGGACGCGGUCGGGUUUUGUUUCUCUGUUUCAGGUCAGAUAUUGGAUUCCACCCUGGAGCUAAACGACGUGGCGACUGAAGCCUGCGCCGUCCACCACUUGCCCAAACCACUAGACCAUACCUAGAAGACGAUCCACAGGACGGCGGACAUGGAACCGCACCACGUCGGUUGUGCUGAUGCCGGGAAGGGAGGGUUCGAUGCUGUCUUUGACGGUACGACCCGAGCCUCCAACAACAUGCUUCAGGCGUGUUAAAAAGAAUCUUCGAAACGAUCGCUAUUUAUUUUUGUAUUUUAUUUUUUGUGCGGUGCUUGCAAACGCGUUUUCAACUUUUGCGAGAUUGCUAAUAUCCGGUUAAUUCAAAUUCAAAAUUUCGCCGUAAAUAUCAUUCGGGGUUUAUGUAAAUAAUGUAUAUACUCGCUUACAGGACUUGGAACUAUGUUCCAAUUGUGCAUAUUAAAAAUGGUUGUUUCGGCACGAAUACGAAACGCAAAUGCGCUAGUCACACGUUCCCAGUUUGCUAAUUUAUAAUUAAUAAAUCAUUUCGCGAAUAUUUUGCCUUUCGUAUCCUAGCUGAAAUAACGUACAAUUUUCUUCGUUUUUUUAGAUUAUUAUUGUAAGUUCGUAAAGCGGUCUGGUUGGGUUUUCCUAGGUUUUUCCCAACCCCUUGCAGCGAAUGUUGGACCGAUGUAUAUAUUUCCCAGAUUGUAAACACAUAUAAUAAUCGUGCGAACUUAUGGUAUAUAUAUACAUGUGUAUACAUAUUCUUUUGUAAAUGUUUUUGCUAUCCCAUUCCACAGUUGGCGUCUCGGUCGAAUGAGGAGGACAUUGGUCAAAUAGCAACGUCCUUUUAAAUAACUAAGCAAUUAAAAUAAUGAUAAGUCAAUUCGUGAAGACUGUCUUUGCUCAUUCCGGCUUUGACGCCACGUAUUAACUCAAUGUAGGUACCAUUUCACGCAGGCCCCCUCCGUCUCUGCUCCAUCCAAAUUUUAUUUUAUGUAAAUUGAGCAAUAAUAAAUUUACUUUCGAAGGUUUUGUUGUAUUCUUACCCCGCGAAGGGAGCAGAAGGAGGAGAUGAAGUAGGGAAUUGUAAAU